GUUUAGAAUUUGAAUUUACCGGAAACUUUUCUUCACGUGUAGUUUCAAAAGGGGUUUAAAAAAAUUAGAAACUUUAAUUGAUUUUAACUAGUUAAUACUUAACAUAAUUAACAAUGGAUGGCGUUAAUCAACUUAUGGAAAUGGGAUUUCUAAAGGAAAAAGCGGAAUAUGCAUUAAAAAUCAGCAAUAACAAUGUUGAACAAGCAAUGGAAUGGCUUUUAGUCCACAAUAAUGAGGAUCUUCCAAUAGAAAAUGUUGUGACUCCAGUUAUUAAACCAGAAACGUUCACAGAAGGAAAAACUGAUGAGUCAUCAAAAACAGCAGAGGAAUCGCCAAGUACAAGUACAGAAGAUCCAUCAAAUGCAGAAGUUAAGAGUAUCAAAUGUGAAGACUGUAAUAAGCUGUUUAGAUCACAAUUAGAGGUUGAAUUUCAUGCAACCAAAUCUGGUCAUAUGAAUUUUUCCGAGUCGACCGAAGAGAAGAAACCUUUAACUGAAGAGGAGAAGAAACAGCAAUUAGCACUUAUCGAUGAAAAGAUUAAGGUAAAACGAGCAGAACGCGAAAAACGUGAAAAGGAAGAAGCUCUUGAACGAGAAAAAUUACGUAUCAAAAGUGGUAAAGAUAUGACAGAGGUCAAAAGAAAAAUGGAAGAAGAUGAAAUGAAGAAAAUUGUUGAAGAAAGAAAACGCGAAAAGCAAGAAGAAAAGGCAGCAAGAGAUCGUGUUCGAGCACAAAUUGAAGCCGACAAAGCAGCUAGACGAUUAAAAGCUGGACUUGAACCGACUCCAAUCUCACCUCCGACUAUAGUACAGCCUGUACAGCAAUUCGUUGCAACUCCUCCAAAAGACUAUAAAGAGACACGAAUACAAAUUCGUCUGCCAAAUGGCAGCACUUUAAUUGAAACUUUCAAUAAGCAAGAGCAAUUAGCAGCAGUAAGAUUGUUUGUACAAUUGAAGCAAGGCGAAGCUCCAAUUCCAGGUGUUUUCCCAUUCAGCAUGAUGACUUCAUUUCCGAGAAAAGUCUUUAAUGACGAAGACUUUGAGAAGAGUUUGGAGGAACUACAAUUGGUUCCAUCAGCUACAAUCAUGGUGACUAAAAACGCUUCAUAAUUUUAAUUAAUAAGUUUUUUUAAGUUGUGGGAUUUUUUCAUAUUUUUAUUAAAUUUAAUAAAGGAUACUCCAUUGAUAAACUAGAAUUAAAAUGAUUUUGUAACAAUUUAAACAACUCUGCCACAACGGCUAAAAUUCAAAUUUCUUCGAGUGUCGAAAGAUUUAAAAAUUAAAAAGUCGUUUAUUUUGGGUUGGCUGCAAAAAACUGUCAAGUUCAAUAUUCAAUAUCAAUAUCCAAAUGUCAAAAAACUCUGAAAAUUAAAAUAAUCAAGAACAUAGAUGACUUGCUGUUUUAGCAAAAAAUACAA